GAAAGUUUUCAAAUCUUGCAAUUUAAACUUGCAUGCUAGAAAUAAGAAUCUUAAAGUUUUCGACAGUUGCCAAUACUCGAAAUUUGUCAGAUUUGCAUCCGUAGCAUUAAAAAUUGCAUCGUAUUGAUUGCGACCCACGUGAGUUGCACUUUAGAUGAUAUGCCUGAGAUCACAUCAUAUUGACCUUUUGCGGCAGCAGCCUGCUGCCUGGCAUUCAUUCAUUUAGUAGUAAAAUUCUUAUCAGCAGAGAUGAACUCUCUUUCGCUCUGGUCUGCUGGGGUGUAGAGAGCGAUAAGCAAUUGAGUCUAGUUCUGCUAUAUGGUGUGAUCUGUUUCGCAUUAAACUUGGGUUCAGUUGAACUGUUUCGAGCUACGUUGCAAGAUGCCCAUCUCAUGCUAUACUUGGCUCGUCCUAAGCGCCUUCGCUUUUCAAGUGUCUCAGUCUAACGUUAUUUUUCACUUUACGCUUGACUUUAAUGUGAAACAUCCAGCGAAUUCGACAGAUUCGAUUAAUAAGACCAUAACCAUGGAGAACAAUGCAGUGCAUAUGCAGGAUAAUGAGCCCUAUUCAAAUACAACAGCCCCAAAUAGACAGUCAUGGGAAGAGGCGGGUCAAUACGAUCAGGCUGCAGUGCAGCUAUUGCGAUCCACGAAGCAGUCAGUGCAAAAACUCAACGUGGAACUCGCACCGCUUGUUGGACGUAGUGACGAGUUGGCAGCAAGCCUCAAGCAAACGAUACGAUAUGUCAAUGAAGUAGACACCACUUUAGAGAUGGACGGAAUCAACUUUGCUCAGCAUAUGGAACAGUUGCGAAAGUAUUUGACGCUCGUCGAUAACUUGCGAUCCUCGGCCAGACCUGGUGGAGUCCGGACUCUUGAAUUUGUAUUGCUCAAGCUCGCCAUGGAGAAGUACAAGGUAUUGGCAAAAUACCAAGAGGUGACCGCUUAUUUGCAGCAAGCGAACUCAGCUUGGGCGAGAUAUAAGAAUACACAGGUUGUGUUAUCGUAUAUAUAAGCCUGUGACUCAAAAACCUUCUGAGAUUUCUGUUUAAUUGUAUUUAAUUUGUAUUAUGUAUAGGAGCAAGGAGGACCUCGGCUAUUAAGUCAAACAAUAAGCAAGUGUUCUUUCAAAA